UACAUGUGAUGUGAGCACAAGAGUUUUUUUCCACAAAUCCACUAACCAACAAAAAAAAAUGAAAAAAACUACUAAAAGCAAGUUUUUCACUGAGAAGAAGAAAAAUAAGAUGAAAGCUUGGGUACCAGUAACAGAGGUGAAAACAAUGGAGAGUGAAAAAGAAAAACAGCUUGAAAAUGAAGAAGAAAAACGACGCAGUUUGGAGGAGCAACAACAAGAGGAGGAGAAGAAGAAGAUUCUUUCUUCUCUUCCUCCAAACUAUGUCACUCUCGCUCAACUUCGUGAAAAUUGGAUGAAGAAGCAACAAAAUGAAAUCAAUCAACAGAAACAACAAGUGGACUCGGCGAUUAACCGCCAUGCAAUCGGUGUUGAUUCUGAAGACGGACGGAAAUCGGUUGCCGGAGAUGAAAUCGGCGGCGGAAAUGAAGAUCUGAAGGGUAACGUGGAGGAAUCAAAGGAGUUGAAGAAAUCGAAGACGAUGAAGAAGAAGAAGUACAGGAGUGGAUGGAAAAAGAGAGAGGCGAUGAAGGCUAAGGUGGAGGAGAAGGGAGCAAUUGAAGAAGGCGGUGCUGCAGAGGAGAAAACGCUAAUGCAAAUCGAAUCGAAAGACGUGAAGAACUCGAACUCGAACGCGAAAAAAGUGGAUGAAGUUGAACGAGAAUUUAGGGUUUUAUCUGUUAACUCUGGGAAUCGGAAGGUCAAAAAAAUGAAUGAGGGUGGUUUUCGUGAAUCUCAAUCUAAGAGGAAUAAUCGCAAUGGGGAUUUUAAGGAUCAGCGAAGUUCUAAAGCGGAGAUGAUUUGGGUGAGAAAGGGAAAUUAAGACCUAGCUUGGUGUUGUUAUUAAUUUUAAUUAAUUAUAAAAAAAAUUAUGUAAUAGGGUAGUUGCACAAAUGAUUGAUGGAUUGUUAUUAUGUCUGGUAUAGAAGCUCUUUGAGUAAUCAAUAUUUUGAGAUUGUAAUUGCUCUGAAGGAUCAAUGAAGAACUUUUGAUGUGAAUCGGUCA